AUGGGUCAGACACCCAUGCUUGACAAGAAACAUAAGUGUUUCAUUCCAUGCCAACUCUUCUUCCUGUUCAUUUGCCUCAACCGAGCACCCUUCACCAUUGCUAAUGACCAGUUUGUCUACUUCGGCUUCGCCCAAGCUAACCUCAGCCUUGAUGGAGCUGCCACAAUCACACCAGAUGGACUCCUUGAACUAACAAAUGGCACCUUUAACCUGAAAGGCCAUGCUCUAUACCCAACUCCUCUACACUUCCGCAUGUCGCCUAGUGGUUAUGCACAAUCUUUUUCUAUCAGCUUCGUCUUCAGCAUCCUCUCCGCCUACCCUGACAAGAGUGCUGAUGGCAUGACCUUCUUCGUCACCAGAAACAAGAAUUUCUCCAGUGCGUUGCCAGCCCAGUACUUGGGGCUCCUCAACAACCAGAACAAUGGUAAAGCAAGCAACCAUAUAUUUGCGGUGGAGCUUGACACCAAUGAAAAUAGUGAGUUCCAGGACAUCAAUGGCAACCAUGUUGGUAUCAACAUGAAUAGUCUCCACUCUGUGCAAUCCCAUGAUGCUAGCUUCUUUGACGACAAAACUGGUAUGUUCAAGAACUUGAGCCUCAUUAGCCGUGAGAUGAUGCAGGUGUGGGUAGAGUGUGACGGAGGAGCUACAAAGGUCGAUGUAACUUUGGCUCCCAUCAAAAUGGCCAAGCCUGCAAGACCAUUACUGUCAACCAUCUAUGAUCUCUCAACAGUUUUCACAGACACGACAUACAUUGGCUUCUCGUCCGCAACUGGAGUCAUCAACUGA